AUGACGCUGCCACUCCGGUUCCCAUGGAAACCAAACUGGGACAGAAGGAACAGAAGGCUCUUCAAGGUCAUCAGAGCACAGGAGAGAGGAGACAAGGACAGCAAGGAAAGGGAGCUCUUCCUCCCACUCAUCACUGAAACACGUGGCUCCAUCAGCAACACGACCUUGGGGCCCCAGGCGGGGAGUUCUGGGGGAGGAGCCUGUGCGCCUCCCCCUCGCCCGCCCCCGCCCCCCGCCGGAAGUGCAGGGGCGGCCCAGGACCAGGCUGGGGAGGGCCUGGCCCCGCGGAGUCCCAGCGGAAACAGAUGGCACCUUCCAACACGACGACUGAGGGAUCUGAGUGACAGGGGAGCCCGGGGACGGCACAGUCUCUGGAGCUGGGGUCAGGGCGAGGGCAAGGUUACCUGCCCCGGCAGGGCCGGAGCCCAGGCCUGUGUGCGGGACGCAGCCAGCCAACCCGAGCUCGCGGAGGACGCCCCGCUCCCGCCGCCGCGCGCCUCUCUGGGCCGGGCGGGAGCGCCCUCCGCUGGGGACAGUCCCCGGAAGCGGCCAUUCUCGGGGUCGCCGCCGUACUGCUCCCCGCUGCCGGGACACGGCCCUGAGGAAAGGACUCCCGGCGAGGCCUUCGUGCCUGACACCGCGGCUAAAACUACGCCCGAGAGCCGGCGGGGCCCGGAGAGGAGCGAGGAGGUGGGCCCCGCGCGUGAGGCCGGGACGCGGCCCAGCCCCUCCGCCCUCCGCCCUCCCGCCGCCCUCUCCGCGCCUCCGGACCACGGCCCCCGGGCCUCCCGCGCCCCGGCCCGUGUCCUCCCCUCGGGGCGCGCGGCCCGUCCUCCCCGGGAAGAGCCUGGUGCGGAGCCGGCACCCCCGCGCCCCCCGGCCGAGGCGGCUCUGCCCGCGGGCGCUGAGCAAAGAGCCAGCCGACGGCGCCGGACAGAAGCGGCGGGGUGA